CGAGGCCAGAUGAUGGCGGGUGCCGGGGAAGGUUUGAGAGCCCUCUUCGGAGCUGGCGUGCGCGCGGCGCUGGAGGCCUGGCCCGCCCUGCAGAUCGCCGUGGAGAAUGGCUUCGGGGGUGUGCACAGCCAGGAGAAGGCCGAGUGGCUGGGAGGUGCCGUGGAGGAGUACUUCUUCCGCAAUGCUGACUUGGAGCUAGAUGAGGUGGAGGACUUCCUUGGGGAGCUCAUGACCAACGAGUUUGAUACAGUUGUGGAGGACGGGAGUCUGCCCCAGGUGAGCCAGCAGCUGAAGACCAUGUUCCACCACUUCCAGAGGGGUGAUGGGGCCACUCUGAAGGAGAUGGCCUCCCACAUCACCCAAAGAAAGUGCAGGGUUAGAGCCACCGCACUUAACACAGCCAGAGAGACAGAUGAGGAUGAUGCGGACAGCGUGGAGGAGAUGGAGGUCACAGCUAUGAAUGAUGGGGCAGCUACCGAUGGAGUCUGCCCCCAGCCUGAACCCUCUGGUGCAGACUCCCAGACUAUUAAGGAAGAAGAUAUAGUGGAGGAUGGCUGGACCAUUGUCCGAAGAAAGAAAUGAGUGGGCCUGUUUGUUUUGAGAUGUUUUUGGAGAACUGUGGACCUUUGGACUGGUUAUCCCAACUCCACCCUCUCCCUAUUCCCCUGUCUAGCUUCCUCCAGGGGAAGAAGAGCCCUAGGGUCCUUGGCCUGUAAGUUACUAUCUGAAUGAUGAGGCCUGGUUUCCCAGCAGUGCCUUGGGUGUAGUCAGUGUGAAGAUAGAAGGAUGAGUGGUUGUGGGUGUGGUUGGAGAAGCUGAAUGCUGGUUGACAGCGGGCAGGUAGAUUUAUGAAGGGAGAGGACCAGCAGAACCAAUACCCCUGUUGGGUCAGGAAUGGUGAGAUGAACGUGCAACUGAGAUUCAUUGACUCUGUGAACGAAAGUAGCUGUGCUACCUCUCCCACUUCCCGUGUACACGUAUGCACACGUGCGCGCACACACACGCAGCAGUAGCGGCUCUGUACCCCUGUCCAGAAAUUGGAACCUACCAGGAACACAUCAGUCAUGCAGCCCAGCCUCCAGCCCUGGGUUCCUUCAGGAAGUCUAAGACCUUACAAGGUGGUGAACUUGGGGAACCUGGGCUUUGAUUUGUUUCCUCCAAUCUUUUUCCAAACUUCAUCCGGUUCUAUCCAAGUCCAGGGAUGAGGCUUAAGACUUAAAUAAAUAAUACCUUCAUGUUUAAUCUGUUGCUUGACCUGUUGUAAGUAGCCUUGGAAUCAGCCUUCUGGGAGCUGAGAUUCAGAGCUCAGCAAGGGAGCAGAUUCUGGGCCCACCCUAGCAGUCUGGUACUUUGGACAAACAAACGGAUGAAUGGAGCACAGCAGUGCUCUGAAAGUUUC